CAUUUUUGAUCUCGCAAUAAACGUCUUUCAAAUAAUUUACAUCAAAUUUUUUGCAUACAUUUUGCAUAUGCCGAAUUCAGAUUAAACGUUAUAUAUGGAAAGUUAAAAAGCAAAACCAGAAAAAAUUAAAGAUGGUGGCCGCAGAAGAUCCUGGCGACAACAGAUCUCACCACCAUGAUGGCUGUGAUGAAAGAUUUGAUGGAUUAUAUUACUCAAGAAGAUGCCACAAACAAAGCAAACUAUUCAAAAUGAUGGUUUUUUUUUUCUUUUCAAAAUGAUGGUUUUUAUAUAAGUCUAGUUUAGCUAAUUUGGAUUAGAAUUAACAAAUUAAACUCAAUAAUUAUGUUAACUAAUUUGCAUUGAGUGUUGUCAAAGAAAAGAAAAAAACUAAUUUGCAUUGAGUGAAUUGAUUAUUACGUAAGUCAUAUUCUUCGUUUCUGCCGUAGGAUACCAAAGAAGUUAAUUUAUAUAGAGUACAACUAAAAUUUCAAAUAUCAACCUGUUUAAAACGAAAGUAAACAAAGAGAUGUUGGAGUUCACGUAAAGACGAACUUCAAUAUGAUUGUGUAUACAUGUAACUAAUACUAAAAAAGAGUUUAGUUUCUAGAUAUAUUUUUCACUAUAAUGACAUCCAUACGGUACGGGAACUUCGUUGACAACACUGAAGUUUGUUUAUAGUUUUACACAAAACUAAUUCUUGGAUAUAACUCAUACACGUUGUAUCAUUUUCUUUUCAAUCACAACCUUUGGUCUGUCCAAUAUAAUAUCCUCAGGACUUUUUUGGUAGAGAUGUUUCUGCAAAUCUUCGGUACAUCAUCAAAUUUACAUAAUUCACCUUAUCAAAUUUAAAAUUCAGUAAAUAAUUAUAUUUAUUUUAAUUUUUCUUUAUAAAUAAUGUAAAACAAAAUUGUAUAUUAUUUAUUAACUUAUGUCGAAUAUGCGGAUUGAGGUGUAAAGGAAGAAAUGACAAAGACUUGCACCAAUUUUACAUAUCUCGAACCAAUUGUUAUUUUGUACAGAAGAAGAAUGUGAAAACUAUAUUUUAUGUCUUCGAUUUGCUUUAUUAAGAACACAUAUGUUAAAUUAAGUACUUCUAUCUCUAGUUUUGUUGUGUAGUACAUUAAUUAUUUGACCAACAUUUGCAAUUAAUAAAUAGGUAUAAUUAAAGGCCACCUUUCUCCACUUGAGAGUUUGUGAAAACGCAGAAUGUCCCAUGUGCUUAAUAUUAGAUAAUAACCCGCGCAUGCAGAGAGCGAAAUUUUUAUACUAAUCUUUAUUCAUAAAUAGUUUUGACAUUCUGCAACACUUUAAUCUUUAUUGAUUGUAAAAUGACGAAUAUUGUAUAAUCUUUGUUAAAAAGUUAACGUAUUACAAUUCAUUUUAAUUAUUUUAAAAACUUCAUAUGCAAAAAAUUAAAUUAAAUUUUGCAGAUGACACAAAUCAUCAAAACCAGAUAUGCAACAUCAAUUAUAAAAUGACAAAAGAGAAUUAGGUUUUCUGUUCUCGGUUUGAUUACUAUUUUUAGUAAUUUAAGUCGAUUUAAUCAAAAUAUAACAUAUAAUAAAAAACAUAUUUUUUAAUAUAUGCUUAAUGUAGUUAUUUAAUUUCUUUUAAUAAUAUAAAACUAAACAAAAAAAGAGAGAAGAUACAAAAAUUAUUAUCAAAUAUGUAAUAUUCAUAAGCAUUAAUUGUCAUAUAUAUGUUAAGGCUAAUUCUUCUAAAUAGAUUAUUUUCAAGUUUUGAUCACAAAAAUAGACCACAAGGAGAAAAAUGACCAAAAUGUUUCAUUUAAUAGGUAAAAUGAUCCUAAUACCCUAGAUAUAAAAAAAUAAUAAAAUAAUAAAAAUUAAAAAAUCAAAAAAUCAAAAAAUAAUUUGUUUUAUAGUUUUAGAUUAUAUGUUUUCAAAUUCAAACUUUUUUAUAUAAAAUUUUUUUUCAAAUUUUUUUUAUUUUUUUUUCAAAGUUUUCUUUUUAACUAUUUUUAAAAAUUUUAGUAUUUAUUUUUUAUUUUAUAAAAUUUUAAAUCUCAAUCCCAAAUCUCCACCCUUCAACUGUAACCGUAAGGUUUGGAUUAGUUAACCCUAGGGGUAUAAGUGUAUAUUUACCUCUUUAAUGAAACAUUUUGGUCAUUUUGAUCCUUAGGGUCUAUAUUUUUGACUGAAACUUUGUUAGUGUUAUCCUAUGGUAUUUCCCAUAUGUUAAUCACAUUAUGUAAUUUUGUAACUUUUAUUUAAGGAAGGAAUUAAAAAUAUUCUUUUGUACACUAAUAAUCAAUUUGAUAUCACCUAUAUAUUAAAAGAGUACCAUUUAUCAUUAAUGCGUUCACACUAUAUUUGUCAUGUGUCAGCUUUACGUCAAUUUCAAUUUGAGUAUGUUGACAUAUCGACCUCACAAUCAUUUAACAAUUAAUAUAUUCAUAUACUAAUUUUUUAACUUCACCGCAAAAAAUUUAAUGUGUUCACACUAUUUUUUUAAUCAACUCUUUUUUAGUUCCUACAUUUUUGACUUUUGUAUUAGUGAACUGAAAUUCUCUCCCUACAGCUACUAGAUAAUAUCAUUUUCAAUGACAAAAAUUACAAAAUCAUUAAGAUUCGUAUCAACGAAAAUGUUGGAAUGAGAAUAUUUUUAGAAAUUGAAAGUUAGGUAUCUUGCCGAACAUAGACAUGGCUGAGGCUUAUGUACAUAAAUAAUUAUGAUUUGUUAUGAACUAAAGAAACACCGCAUACAAAGUCAGAUAUUUAAUUUAGCCAAAUAUCAAUUUUCUUUACAGAGUUUUCAUAUCAUACCAAAAAUUAGAAAAAUAAUCAAAUUGUUAGAAAAAAAUCAAUUAGAAAAGCUUUAAAAGAAAAGAAAAUUCGUGAAGUCAGUUAAAAAUUAGAAUUCAAGUGCCGAGUGAAGAGAUCACAUUAUUUCCACACAACUCUAACUCUUUUCAAGUGCCGAGUGAAGAGAUCAUAUUAUUUCCACAUAACUCUAACUCUUUUCACUAGAUUGUAUCGUGUUUUUAUUAUAUUUACUAAUAUUUUUUGUAAGAAUUUUUUUUUUAUUAGAAAAUACGCUUUAUUGGUUAUAGACUACAUCAAUUUUGCAACAUUACCAAUAAUAUUGACACGACAUCCAACAAUUUUUAUUGGUAUUCUUAUAGUAUGGUCCAAUAAUUAUGCAUGUUAAAUAAGCUUAGAAUAUUUGUUUUACAGUUAUUUUAUUUUGCUUUAUAUUAGUAGAAGAAAGUUAGUUUAGGUAAAAUAUAUGGAUGCAAAGAACCAAACUGAACUAGAUUUAAAAGUAAUAUUAAACACAAACUAAAACUGAUUAAAUACUCAGAUGGAUUCAAAAGUUUAAUAUCCAGAUAAACACACCCGAAUCUUAUCUAAACUAAAAUAUUUUGGAUACCAAAAAUAUCUAAUCACAAUUAUAUAGUUAAAUAUGUUAAGUAUGUUAACUAUUUUAAAUUUUAUAUCUAUCAUAUAUUCAAAAAAAUAUGAAAAUAUCUACAAAUUAUCAACAUAGUCACAAGUAAAUACCUAAAAAUAACAGAAAAUAUUCAAAAUACUGAAAAAUAUUUAUAUAUUCUCCAUCCAAAUAUUUAAAUUGAAUUCAUUUCUAUGCAGAUUUAAAUAUUUAGUCUUACAUCAUUCAAAUUUUUAAGUUUUAUAUUAUUUUAUUUUCAGAUAUUGAGCAUUUAAGUAUAUAUAUGGAUUUUUGUUAAAAUACAUAAUUAAAAUGGAUACUCGAACUCGAAUUCAAACAGAACCCGCAAUGAUUCGAACCAAAUCCAAACCAAAAUUGGUAAAUAUCCGAAUACGAUUUAAAUUUAUAACUCUAAAAAUUCGAAAUCCAAAUAGAUUAACUGAAUCUGAACGUAUAUAUGAAUGCUCAUCCCUAGAAAAAAUUAUACAACAUACAAUAAAUAAUCUAAUAAAUAUUAAAAAUAUUUUAAAAUAAUGUUACGAUUGUGGAUUUUCCGCUUGUGAAUUUUUACAUCAAACAUGUAAUAUACUUUUAACAAUAUGAGAUGAGUUAAAAUAUAUACUAUCUGGAUUCUAAAACUACUAAAAACCUUAAUAGUUUUAUUUAAUUUUACCAAAUAAGUACUAAAAUAAGUUUUGAAAAUAAAAACAAUGAGUUCAUUAUUUUUAAAACUUAAUAGUUUUAGUCCAAACCAACCUAAACAUAUUUAUUUAUAAAAAUCAAAAAUAAAAUUAAUUAACUCAUAAAUAUAUAAAAAAUUUGGAAUAAAAUUUUAUCUUUAUCAAAUUAUAAUGUUAUUAAAAUUUUAAAUAUUAUUUAAAAUAAUUUUAUUUUUAAAGCGCGGAUUAGAAUUUUGUUUAUUUUACAAAAUAAUAGUCAUGGUGAUUGUGCUUCAAUCUACCAUGUCUAUGUUAUGCAUGUAACUACUAGUGUUUUAGUAACUACUUUUGUUUCAUGUUCUUAAUAAUAUUCAUAUUUUUUUAGAAAACAAAAUAAUAGCAAUAAAUAUAUCAAAGAAGUGUGUGUUAUUAAGCUGUAAAAAUGAGCAAUUAAGAUAUACUUCAUCUGUUUCUAAAUAAGUGUUAUUUUAAUAUUUUUCACAUAUAUUAAGAAAAGUGGCAGAAAUAUAUGUAAAUUGUUAUUAAUUAUACUUUUCUGACUAAUAGUAUUUGAGAUAAAUAAAAUUAUUUAUAAAAUCAAUGUAGUUUUCAAUUAAUUUUUAGCUGAAAAUAAAUAUAAUUUGUAUUAAAAUUGUAAAAUAAUAUUUUUUGUAGCAAAAAAAAUUAAAAUGACACAUAUUAUAAAACAGAGGGAACAUGAAGUAAAGAUAAACCAAAGUUUUAAACGGCAACCAAAGGCGAAGAUAAUCAUCGACUCAUCAUCAUACAAUAUGGAUUGCUAACAAAAAGAAAGGUGUUUUAAUUUUCCUUUUCAACCAUCACCGAAAAAAAUGAUAAUUAUAUUAAUUUCCUUCUUAUUUUUUCAAACCCUAAAAGAAUUAGAAAAGAUUAUAUCUACAUCAAUGUCUCUUUAUAAUAAUUAAGCCGAACAUCAACAUUUCCAACUCCAUCCUCCCAAGAAAAAGUGUUGAAGAUGAUGAACUCUUCUCUUCUAACUCCUUCAUCCUCAUCCCAUGUCCAAACUCCAGCGACGACCUUUGACCAUGAAGAUUUCCUCGACCAAAUCUUUGCUUCCUCCCCUUGGCCCUCCGAUGAAGCUCAUCCUCCUCCUCCUCCUCCGCCUCCGUCCUCAGAUGGUUUCGUCGACUCUAGGCAUCAACAGAUCAUGAUGAUGCCUUUACCGUCUCAUCACCGAAACGAGGUCGUUGAUGGCUCCUCCGUCCACUCUCUUUACAAUGGCUUCUCCGCCUGCGGAUCUCUUCCUUUCCACAUCCCUCAGGGAUCGGCAGGUGGAAUGAUGAAUCAACAAGGACAAGCCCUAACGCAAACGCAAGCGCAAAAGCAACCGCAAGUGAGUGCGUCUAUAGCUACUGGUGGUACGGCGGCAGCUCCACCGCAGAGUAGGACUAAAGUCAGAGCUAGGAGAGGCCAAGCAACGGAUCCUCACAGUAUUGCCGAACGGUUACGACGAGAGAGAAUUGCGGAGAGAAUGAAAGGUCUUCAAGAACUCGUUCCUAACGGCAAUAAGACAGACAAGGCAUCGAUGCUCGAUGAGAUUAUAGAUUAUGUCAAGUUCUUACAACUCCAAGUCAAGGUACUGAGCAUGAGCAGAUUGGGUGGUGGUGCUUCCAUUCCUUCUCAAAUCUCUGAG